AUAGCAACAACCACAGCACGACUUACGCCAGUAAAGAUGUCAUUUUUUGGUGAUUAUUUUCGCCUUUGUUCCGACUGAAACUAAUGAUAAUGGGAGACAAGGAAGGAUCUAUGGAGGCAGAGCAGGUGGAGGAGAAGGAAAUGAAGGCUGUUCUUCACUGUCCUCCUAUCUGCCCACUGCCAGAAGAGAUAAAAAACAUGGAGAGCAGUGAAAUAGUGUGUCUUUACUGCGGUGUAAGCUACCUCAUAUACCACGAGUUCCAUCAGCUGCACACCCAAUUGGCUCAGUUAGAGUCCGAGCUCCAAGAAAUGAGGGAAACGACCCAGAGAGAGAAGGCCCAGCAUGAAGCACUGGAGCUGGGAAGACUGGAGUUGGAGAGGGCACUUCACCAAGCAGAAGUCAAGGAGAAAAAGACAAGAGAAGAGCAAGAAGAAAUCAACCAAAACACAGCGAGAGUUCUGAGAGAUGAGUUUGAAGCUAAAUAUUAUAGGAAGAGGAGAGAGAUGGAAGAGGAGUACCAUAAAAUCUCUGAAGAAAAAGAGAGACAACUUAGAGGAGAGCUGGGAGACUUGGAGGCAGAGAAACUCAGGAGGCAGAGAGAAGACCUGGAGAGGAAAACCGAGGAGAGAGAGAAAGUUCUGAAUGACGCACUUCAAAAGGCCAAUAAAAAUUUAGACGAGCUAAGAAAAAACGUGCAACAGCUGGAAGAGAGGCUGGAGAUAGCAGCUGCCAUGAAGGAAGAAGCAGAGCUGGUUCUAGAAAAAGAGAAGCAGCAAGGUGAAAUUCUUAGAGGUGUGUGUGCGCGGCAGCAGCAGGCCCUGCGAGCUACUCUCUCCAUGCUCCGCUCCUCUGGCAGUGAGCUCAUGGAUGUACGGGGUUUCCUCAGCCAGCUGACGAGGGCCUGGCAGGCCUUCAGAUGUCAGAUACUGCAGCACAGCACACAGGUGUUCUCAGCACUGGGUGAGGAGCUGCGACAUUCCAGUGUGGAGCUUCAGAAAAGGAGAGAGGAGAAAAGGCACCUAACUGAGCAGCUGAUGGAGCAGAAGAGACAGAGGGAGGAGCAGCUGUCCCAACACAAAGACUCCGAGGAGGAGCACAGAGGAAAACUACUCAGGUUAAAAAUGGAGUUGGAGGAGGAACAUGAGAGAUGGUUGUCAUGCCAACAAAGAUGUGAUGCCUUGCAGGAGCAGCUGUCGUCAUGGGACCACAGAGAGAAACAAAUGAACCGGAAGUAUUGUGCAGCUGUCGAGGAAGUGACUGAAGUGAGGAGAACUUUGGAGAGGAUCCAGGAGGAAACAAAAGAACUAAGGAGAGAAAGGGAUUUUCUGAUCGAGUCUCAUGGCAGAGCUUUGACUGAGAUGAAGGAGGAUCACAGACAUCAACUGGCCACUAAGCUGUCUGCUGCCUUAGAAGAGCAGAGAUCCCAGAGUGCUUUGCACCUGAAGGAGCAGAUGGAGGAGCUUCGCAGGGAGGUGGAGUUAGAGCUGACAGUCGACAGGGAGAAGAACCAGUUGCUGCUUCUACAGUACCAGCAAGACAACUCAAAGCUACAGCACAAGCUGGAGGAGAAAGUGCUGGAGGUACAACAACUGCAAGAGGAGCUACAGCAGGAGAGGAGGAGCAGGGAGGAGGAGAUCCACCAACAGGAGGCACUACAGCUGAGCCAAGCUGAGAAGAAUGCUGAACUACAAGAGGAGGUGGCGUUGCUCCAGGAGACAGUGAGGAGGGAGUGUGAGGAGAGGGAGGAGCUGACCGCUGCUCUGUCUCAAGCUCAGCAGGAGCUGUUUGGGCUGCGAUCCCUCAUGUCUCAUCAGGGCAUCUCCAGGCCUCCUCCAGACCCCACGGAGAGACACACACCCCCGGGGAACAAGAAUUUCCAUCUCUCUAGUCAAGCUCGGCUACCUCUUAGUCGCUCUUCAACCUCCCCUGCCUCCACGGACAAAGACAAAGGCUGGGGCACAGAUGGAAGAGGAGCAGGGAGGAGUUUGGAGUCCUGGAAUAGCAGUGGGGUGUUAGGUGGGGAAAAAAAACAAGAGGGUGCGCUGCCUCGACUAAAACCAAGCAGCACAGCCAGUGAAGUGAAACGUAAGGUCAGCAUAGGGAUGGGGAGGAAGGAGAAACUGUAACAAGCAAACUGAAUGAAGGAUUAAACAGUUACUCCACCUGUUGUAGUUGGGUAGUAAUUUAACAGCAUUUUGAUACAAAUGAUUUUUCUACUCUUUGUUACUGUUCCCCUUAAAUUCAAAUACCCCUUUAUGUUUCCACACACACAUACGCACACGUGAGCAGAAUACUACGCACAACUUCUGAGUCCUGUUCGUACACCAGUAACUCCCUGUACACACUCUCUCCAACAGACAUGCACUUGUUUUCUCACAACCUGAGUCACGCAGUCCCACUGGCACGCACAGGAUUUCACAGACAAACACCCGCACGCACACACUCGUGUACACGCAGACACACACACACACACACACACACACACACACAUGGCCUGUCACAGGGGCAGGGCUGAAGGAGCAUGACAGCAUGUCCCUUGCCACCCGUGGACACAAACAAAAGACAGGCAAACACAAAAGACACUGUACGGCAGACACCCCCAGAUACACACACAACAAUUACCCAGCCCUCUCCCCUCAGGCUUUGUGUGUUAUUGACAUCAUUCACUCCAUGGAAGGUCUUUCCAUCCAACCCUCCUCCUCCUCCUCCUCCUCCUCUCUUCCUCUCCCUCUACAUUUGGGAUGAAUUGGCAUGAUGGGAGAAAUGCGUGAAGUGUGAGUGUUGUGUGUGUGUGUGUGUGUGUGUGUGUGUGUGGCAUGGAACUAAUUUCCCCCUCGCUGGCACACAUGCACACAAGCUUUUAGUUUGACUUCCCCCGUGUCGCUCUCUUCCAGUCCAUCUGUGAGACAAUGCACACGUGCGCUUCGUUCUCACAGAAAAGGUGGGAAGAAAAGCAUUUUGUCCUGCCAACGCUUCCUGUUUGCCAAAACACACACAUAUGGUUUAUCUGCUAAAAACCCUCGGUCCGUGUGGAGAGGUUGUUCUGAAAUGCAGAACAUUAUGUGCCAUUAAAACCUGUGUUUCA